ACUGUUCCCCUGUUUCACUCUCUCUCUCUUUCUCUGUGUGAGCGGGGAAGAAGAUGAAGAUCGGGCUUCGUCGCGUCGCGUCGCGUUGUUGAGAUCCGAUUGGCCAUGGCGGGCAAACAUCUCCCGCCGUCGUUCCUCCACCACCGCCGGCUCAGGUCCCCGGCGGUCCUCUUCCCUCUGCUCCUCCUCCUCCUCCUCUUCCUCUACCUCCUCUUCUCCUCCUCUCUCUCCGCUUCCUUCCGCGAUCCGGCGCCCCCCUCUUCUCCCUCCGCGGACCCCGACACCUCGUUCUUGAUCUCUCUGGAGCGCUUCCUCUCUCGCCGCUCCUCCUCCUCCUCCUCCUCCUCCGCGCUCGACGACACGGCCAGUGCGGCGGCGGACGACGACGCCGUCGUCAGGAAGUUCGACGACGCCGUCUUUGCGUCGGAGAGUGAGAGGUUGCGGGGAGAUCCGUACUACCCGCUCGAUUUGCCGCUCCGGGUGUACGUCUACGAGAUGCCCCGCAAAUUCACCCACGAUCUGCUCGCGCUGUUUUGGAGCACUUACAAGGAGACCUCUAAUCUCACCUCCAAUGGAAGCCCCGUGCAUCGCCUCAUCGAGCAGCAUUCCGUAGAUUACUGGCUUUGGGCAGAUCUCAUUGCUCCUGAAUCGGAAAGGCUCUUGAAGAAUGUAGUCAGAGUCCACAGGCAAGAAGAGGCCGACCUAUUCUACAUUCCCUUCUUCACCACAAUCAGCUUCUUCUUGCUGGAGAAACAACAAUGCAAGGCGCUUUAUAGGGAAGCCCUCAAGUGGGUAACGGAUCAGCCUGCUUGGAAACGAUCCGAGGGCAGGGAUCACAUACUUCCAGUUCAUCAUCCAUGGUCCUUUAAAUCUGUUCGGAGAUAUGUGAAGAAUGCUAUUUGGCUCCUACCAGACAUGGAUUCAACUGGGAACUGGUACAAGCCGGGACAAGUUUCACUGGAAAAGGAUCUAAUACUUCCUUAUUCACCGAACGUGGAUCUAUGUGAUGCCAAAUGCUUGUCAGACAGCCAAUCAAAGAGAACCACUCUGCUAUUCUUCCGGGGGCGAUUAAAGAGGAAUGCGGGAGGAAAGAUACGUGCUAAACUUGUAGCUGAACUGAGUGGUGCAGAUGGGGUUGUCAUUGAGGAGGGAAGUGCUGGAGAUGCUGGGAAGGCAGCAGCUCAGAGUGGAAUGCGAAGGUGUAUCUUCUGCUUAAGCCCAGCUGGUGACACUCCAUCAUCUGCGCGGCUUUUUGAUGCUAUCGUCAGUGGGUGCAUCCCAGUCAUAGCGAGUGAUGAAUUGGAGCUUCCCUUUGAAGGGAUACUGGACUACAGAAAGAUAGCUCUCUUUGUUUCUUCGAGCGAUGCUGUUCAACCAGGCUGGCUUUUAACGUAUCUCAGAAAUGUCAGCACUGCUCAAGUCAGAAGAUUGCAAAGCAAUCUUGCUAAGUAUUCUCGGCACUUCAUCUAUUCAAAUCCAGCUAAGCGCCUGGGUCCUGAAGACUUGGUCUGGAGAAUGAUGGCUGGUAAGGUGGUGAACAUUAGGCUACACACGAGGAGAUCGCAGCGGGUGGUAAAAGAGUCAAGAAGCAUAUGCACUUGCGACUGCAGGCGGGCCAAUAUUACGAACUCAAUGUCCCUGCGGUGAACAGUAGUGUGUGGAUGACCUCCCACUGCUUUGCUUCAGCUGGAAAUUGGGCUUGGCAUUUGGAAUUGUGAUACUCGCGGGGUGGUACGUCAUGUAUUAUGUAAAGACGUAUGGUUCUCUUUAAGACUUGCUUUGCUGCACUUAGAUUGGAAUUUCUGUUAUUUAUUUAUUGGUUCGGUUCUCAGCAUAUGCUCAAAAUCGGUUCUUUUCCCAAA